AUGAACUCGAGUUACGGCCAGUCUUCGUCCGGUCUGGCGGCGUCAGACGACGCGUGGCGGUCGACGAACACGGUGGGACUCCAGCUGGAGGUGAACAGUUUCAAAGUGGGCAAGAUGCGUAUCCGGUGCGUGGCCGAGCUGUACGGCGUGUUCAAAACGUCGGCCGAGACGGUGCUGGACGAGGAGAAACCUCGCCUGGCUUCCAUUCUGGGCACGUUCUCGUCUACAGGUGCAUCACACACGUCUUCUUAUUCGUUAUUGAUUGUGAUAUUGGUCAGCGUAUGGAUGAGAUAA